GAAAAAAAAAGCUAGCGAACCAAACCAAAGCCCUCGGCGGCUAAAACCCUAGCUCUCUCCCGCCGCCGGCGAGAGUCCGCGGCCAUGGAGCACAUCGGGUGGCGCCCCUCGGUGAACGAGCGCGAAUUCAUUGAGACCGCGCUCCAGUCCGACCUCCGCGUCGACGGCCGCCACUCCUUCGACUUCCGCAAACUCAGGAUCAGCUUCGGCAGGGAGGACGGCUCGUCGGAGGUGCAGCUCGGGGAAACGCACGUGCUGGGCUACGUGACCGCGCAGCUGGUCCAGCCCUACAGGGACAGGCCGAACGAGGGGACGCUGGCCAUAUUCACUGAGUUCUCGCCCAUGGCCGACCCCGCCUUCGAGCCUGGGCGUCCAGGGGAAUCAGCAAUUGAGCUUGGCCGAGUCAUCGACCGUGGCCUCAGGGAGAGCCGGGCUGUGGACAUGGAGUCCCUGUGUGUUGUUGCUGGAAAGCAUGUCUGGUCCGUGCGUGUUGACCUUCACAUCUUGGACAAUGGAGGGAAUCUCAUUGAUGCAGCUAACAUUGCUGCAUUGGCAGCUUUGUCUACUUUCCGGAGGCCGGAAUGCACAGUUGGUGGGGAUGAUGGUCAACAAGUUAUAGUGCAUGAUCCUGAGGUCAGGGAUCCACUCCCUCUUACAAUUCAUCAUAUGCCCAUUGCUGUAACCUUUGCAUAUUUUGGUGAAGGUAACAUCGUGGUUGUUGAUCCCACAUACAAGGAAGAAGCAGUAAUGGGAGGGAGGAUGACUGCUACGAUUAACUCAAAUGGUGAUAUUUGUUCCAUCCAGAAAGCUGGCGGGGAGGGCGUCAUGUCAAGUGUUGUCAUGCAGUGUUUAAGAAUUGCUUCUGUUAAGGCUACUGAUAUAACAAGCAAAAUGAAGAAAGCAUUUCAGGUAGACUCAUACACCACUGAGAAAGCUUUAAAGAAAGUAAAGCGUUUACCAGCCACGUUGCCUCAGAAAAUUAAUGUAACUGAUGUAACUAUGGAGGACAAAGGCGAUGGUGAAUUGGAGACGCAAACUGUGAAGACACCCAGUGAUGUUCAGGAGAUAAACAAAGGCGAUGAGGACCAUCGAAAUAUAAAAGGGAAUUCACCCUUGACUGGGGACAGAAUUGCUAAACACAAACAAACAUCAACAUUCAGUGGUGGUCCAUCAAAUUGGUAGCGGGGCCCAUAUUCUAAAGGAGUUUCAUUAAGCUCCCUCAGAAUUUCGCAGUUGCCGGGUACUGUUAACUUUGUCUGCAUGUUAUGAGUUUUCUUCUUGCUUGCUAUCUGCCAAUAGCCCAAUACCAUCCCUCUGUGAUGUGCUUGCAAUCAUUCUUUGGUUGGCAUUUUAGUGCACAUUGAUGAACAAAAUAUCAUAUUUAUGGCAAGUACCUCACCCCUGUUAGCUUUCUAGACAUGUUUUGGUACCAUUUAUUCUAGGGCAGAUAGAUAUUAUAUAUCAUUGUUUUCAGUGGGCUGGCUCCUUUAAAUUAUGAUAUGCACAAAUCAGCUUCUGCCAGUCCAACAACUUCUUCAGUUUACAGCCAUUUUGAUUUGACAUACACAAUCUACUGUGGCCUUCCUUGAGGAAUCAUUUUUAUUGUCUUACUUUGCCAAUAUUGAUUCUCUCUCAUGAGUUCAGAUUCAGUUUCUUAUGAUUGUUUCCUGCUCAACAUGCAGAUCCAGCAACUACGGGUAAGGCCAGCAGCCAUGAGGAAGCACAACCAAUGUUAACUGAAUCAUCUAAUGCUGAGGUGAAAAUCACAUCAAGCUCUGGGGCUGUUGGAGAGUCUGAAGAGGCCCUGGAAAUUGGGUCGCCAAAGAGCCUAAAAGAUGCUAUCAAACCAAAACACAAAAGAAAGAACAAAAGGUGACAGGAGUUAGAUUAAUUGCAAGCCUGUAAUUUCUCGCCUAAGGCGAGUGGUCAUUUGCGCUAUUUCCAUGUAUGUUGUGUAGCCAUGCUGAUUUGUCGUGAUGAUGGCACAUGCUAGAGUUGUUUCGAGUACUCUAAUGCUGAUGGUAUGCUCUGCAGGUACAACGAUAGCCUACAGCUCCUGUUCAAAUUCACGGGAGCAGCAUACAUGGUUAUCUAUUCUGUGUUUUCAGUUGUUACUGAUGCAAGUGACUACAGGCAAACUUUGUACAAGCUGUACAAUUAUAUUCUAGGAAUGGUCAAGUUUUCAGUCAACUCGCAA